AUGGCUGCCACAACAGUGAGGAUGAUCACAUUGAAAUCCUCCGAUGGAGAGAAGUUCGAAGUCGAAGAAUCCGUUGCUCUUGAAUGUGAAACCAUCAAACUGAUGAUCGAAGAUGAUUGCGCCGACACCGCGAUUCCUCUCCCUAAUGUCACUGCAAAGAUCCUCUCGAAGGUGAUUGAGUACUGUAAGAAACACGUCGAAUCUACUGCUGCAAAGUCUUCUUCUACUGAAGAUAGUUGUUCUUCUACUGCUAACGAGUUAGAAGGAUGGCCUGGCUGUAUGUACUGCUGCCUUGUUGGCGCCUAG